AUGUCUUGGAUCACCAAGCAGGGCACUGGAUUCUUGGACGCGAAAGCACUGCAAGAGCUCACCGCUGAGCACAACCUCUCCUCCGAGGAGUCUUCACCCUCCGGUGACAACCGAGGCACCACUUACAGCCACCUGGCUGCUUUGCGAGUCGAAGACAAGCUGGCCCCGAGGUACUUCUCGUUGAAGCUCUCCGCCAUGAGUAGUGAGGCCACGGGCAGGAGCAAAGCCAAAGUCAAGUCCGACGCGAAGAAGAACAGCACCAGUGGCAUGCUCGCGCGCUUGGACCCCGACCUCGCCAAAGAUGCCAUCAGGGAUCGGGCGGCCGCAGAGUUCGGGAAGAAGCGCGUGGAGAUCAUGAAGACGGAGGGUCGGCUGCUUGGACUGCCUAAUGAUUCUCCGCUGAAGGGCAAACUGCUGGUGAUCCUUUUCAAUGCUGCUUGGAUCGGCAUCGAUAUCGAGCUGAACAAAGCCGAUAUGCUUUUCAAUGCCGAUCCUGUCUUCAUCAUUAUGGAGAACCUCUUUUGCGUGUUCUUUUUGGCGGAGCUCGUCAUCAGGUUUGGCAUGUUCAAGAAGACAGUGUACAUCUUCAAGGACAUUUGGUUCAUGGCUGAUCUGAUUUUGGUUUCUUUGAUGCCUCUUGGCCAGCAAGUGGUGCCCAGCAAGACCUUGUCCGAGCCAUGCCUCGCAAGAGAGGUGCUGGAGACCUGGUUGGUUCCCGUCAUCGACGCCAUCACCGGUGAGGGCGGCGGCAUCUCCAGUGGUGCCUCCGUCCUGCGAGUGGCGCGUGUCAUGCGCGUGCUGCGCACCGCGCGGAUGGCGCGACUGGUGCGGCUCAUGCCCGAGCUGAUGAUCCUCAUCAAAGGACCCAUGGCGUUCUUCACCUUGCUGUUGCUCCUGCUCUUCACCUAUGUCUUCUCUGUGGCCUUUGUGCAGUUCAGCCGCGACACCAACCUGGAAGACCCUCUCUUCUUUGGCUCCAUGGGCCGCCUGGCGAGAGGUCAUGCAGUGACGACCUUGAUCCUUCGCUGCAUCCUGACGGAUCAGGAAUCCCUGAUUCGCCAGGUCGCCGAGGACGGCAUUUUGCUCUUGACCUUCAUUUUGUUUGGCUCCCUGACGGUGAUGAACAUGCUUUUAGGGGUGCUGGUCGAGGCCAUCAAGACAGUGUCGACCAUCGAGCGCGAGCAAUUGGAAGUGGACUUUGCCAAGCGAGUGCUGUGGGACCUCAUCGACAAAGGGGAGGCUGACACCGAUGGUGACAAUUGCAUUUCAGAGGAUGAGUACAUGGCUGUGCUGCAAAAACCUGAGGCCAUGACGGCGCUCACGAGUUUGGGUGUUGAUGUGGAUGCCGCCCUGGAUUAUGGCAAGCUGCUCUUCGAGGAUGGCGAGCCAUUGACCUUUGGAGACUUUAUGAAAGGCAUCUUAACCUUGAGAGGCUCAAAUCAGACCACGGUCAAGGACAUUGUGGACCUUCGAAAGUUCACCGCCGACGAGUUCUCACACCUCCACGAAAUUCUGGAGGUCGGUCCCAGUGGGCACUUGUUACUACUAGCUUCUUGUUACUACUAG